AUGUCGCUGAGUCUGCCGUCAUUACUACUUCUCGGUCACAGGUUCGCAUUUAACAGCAUCACAAAAGGCCGCCGAGCGUUUCACACAAGCAUGUCGACAGGCAGCGGCAAGUUCAAGCCCGCGGCCAGGGUAGCUGGUCGGCGGCAGGAUGUCUGGAGCAUCAUUAACGAGGCCGCCACAGCGUCGCCCAAACAGCCCAUUGUCAACAUGGGCCAGGGCUUUUUCGGUUAUAAUCCCCCGGAUUUUAUCCUCAAUGCCGCCAAACAGGCUCUGGAUAAGGUGGAUUGUAACCAAUACAGUCCUACGAAGGGACGGCCCCGUCUGAAGAAGGCGAUCGCCGAUGCCUACGCCCCGUUCUGGGGAAGGCAGCUCAACCCCGACACGGAGGUCACCAUAACUACAGGCGCUAACGAAGGGAUGUUGAGUGCCUUCAUGGCUUUCAUCGAACCUGGUGAUGAGGUUAUCAUAUUUGAGCCCUUCUUUGACCAGUACAUCAGCAACAUCGAGAUGCCUGGCGGGAAGAUUGUAUACGUCCCCUUGCAUCCUCCCGCGGAAGGUGCCACAAAAACUCUUUCUGCAGGCGCGUGGAGCAUUGACUUUGAUGAGCUGGAGAGGGCCAUCACCCCGAAGACCAAGAUGAUUGUGUUGAACACUCCCCACAACCCGGUCGGCAAAGUCUUUACGAAGGAGGAGCUGCAGAAGAUUGCUGAUUUGUGCCUUAAAAACGAGAUCAUCAUUCUCUCCGAUGAAGUCUAUGACCGGCUUUUCUAUACCCCGUUCACCCGCAUUGCCACCUUGUCGCCUGAGGUGGAACGCAUCACCUUGACAGUGGGAUCUGCCGGAAAGAACUUUUACGCCACAGGCUGGCGUGUUGGUUGGUUGAUGGGCCCUGCAGAGCUCAUACAACAUGUCUCGGCUGCUCAUACCCGAAUUUGCUAUUCAUCAGUCUCGCCGCUACAGGAGGCCUGCGCUGUCGGCUUUGAACAAGCUGAAAAGGAAGGCUUCUGGGACGAAUGCGUCACCGAUAUGAAGAGGCGUAUGGAUCUCUUCAAUCAAGUCUGGCACGAGAUGGGGAUCCCAUUCUCGGAGCCCGAGGGUGGCUACUUUGUCAUGGUAAACCUGAGUGCUGUUCAGAUGCCCGACGACUACCCGUUCCCGCCCCACGUGGCAAGCCGGCCGCGUGACUUCAAGCUGGCUUGGUUCCUCAUCCAAGAGCUUGGCGUCGCUGCCAUCCCGCCAACGGAGUUCUUCACCGACGCCAAUGCCCAUAUUGUCGAAGAUUACCUGCGCUUUGCUGUCUGCAAGCCUGACGAUGUGUUGGAGCUGGCCAAAGAGAGACUUCGGGGUCUGAAGAAGUUCAUCAAACAAUAG